CACUCUUUAUAAUUGUUUAAAAAAAAAUAAUGGCAUGUGCAAGCUGCAGCAAAACCUUAUCUGGUAUCUUUUUUAAGAGAAUAUGAAUUUGUGUAACAAAUUGUAACCAUGGAUACAACAGAUUUUGACAUGUAUGGUGGAGAUUUAGAGGCAGGGUCAGUUCUAGAGAACAUCAAGGAAAGUCUCAAGUACAAGGAUGCACAAAGUUUGAAGAUGUUUAUUUUGGAGAGAAAACUUUCUGAUGAAUCAAUAUUUUAUGAACUAGCUGGAGAACUUGCCAAAAGUCUCACAGAAGAAAAUUCUAAAAAUGCGCCCAUAUUUUUCGAGGCAUGUGAGAGGUGCAUGAAUUACAUCGUAAAACGUGGAAACCCAAAAGAGCUUAUAAUUGCACUUCUUGAACAAAUGGAUACUUUUAAAGAUGAUGAGAAGUUUAAGGCUUUGUUAGUGUACAUACAGCAGACUUUAAUGAAGUUGCCUUCAAAGAGAACAGAAUCUUUAGAGAUUACCCUUGAAACUGUACAUGCUCAUGUUAUAGAAUUGCCUACUCCUGCAGACCAUCAGCUUGAGAAAGACGAGAGAAAAUUGUUAGAACUGGAUAGAGAUGUAAGGAGAAUUACAGAUGUUAUUUUAGCAUAUUUAGAAUUCCUUCAACCAUUUGUUAAGGAAGUAUCUUUGAAGAAUCCAGAUGCUGAUAGAGAGAAAGGUAAAAAACAGAUAGGAAUGCUGAUGGAUCGUCUGCUUUCUAUGCUUGAUCAUCCUCUUAUGUUUCUUGAUCUUGUUUUUCAUCGCAAACAAAUGGAAGAUCAGGAAAAAACGUAUGGGAGAGUCUGCACAGAACAGUUAGUUGAACUCAUAACAGAACUUUGUCCAGAUUUAUUUAAAAUGUUGCAAAAUGGGCAGCUCCCAAAGAAAAAGAAGUCGGCCAAAAAAUUGAAAGAACCUUAUAAAGCAGAGGAUGACACUUCAGAUGAAGAUACAGGUACUUUUGGGAAUGUAGUUGAAGGAGAGUUAGUUUCAGAAUACAGCUACGCAUGUUUAUCUUAUCUUAUUUUUAGAGAAGAUCUGGCCGUGGAUAGUAUCCCAUUCAUUUACAGACAUCCUCAUAUUCUACAGUCAAGUUUACAUUAUAUUCUGUUAUUGUUAAAAGCUGAUCAUUCAUUGGUCAAAUUCAAAGGAGUGUAUCUGCUACAAAGCCUCAUGGGAAAAAUACCAGUCACUACUCUGUCAUUGAAUGACCUUGACAAUGAUAAAUAUAAACAAGUUGUCAAUGCUUUGAUAGAUAUCAUGAUACAGAAUCCAGUGAAAGAAUUACGCCAGGAAUGUGUUCAGUUAUAUAGAAUCUUUAUAUGCAUGUUUUGCCUGCCUGCUAGAUAUAAGAUUUAUGAAAUGGUACUAAAUACUUGUCCACAUGCUGGUUUGGUUGGCUACACCAUUCAGUUAUUGAAAGAUCAAAUCGAUUCCGUAUUGAAGAACAAAUUAGAUGACCUUACAUUUUUUGGUGCAAAUCUUUAUAAGUUAUUGAAAAUUGUAGCCAUUGUUGAAGAAGGUGCUACACAAGAUAUACUACAAAUUUCAGACAGGGUUAUUGCUUUGUUGAAUUGUUUUCGUUACUUGUUAUUACGAGAUCCGCCAGGUGAAAAUGUCACAAAAAUAUGGGAUUUUAUUGGUCAAAUUGAGAAACACUUUUUUGAACCUCUACGACUUGCUCUGGAUUUAUCUAAAGGUCAUUAUCAAUUAGAUUUACAAGAUCUAAAAGAUGGGCAGAAGAAGGACAAGGGAGGUAAUGUUGAUUUAGGUUUGACAGUAGGUGGUGUUGCAAUGCCUCGUGUUCCGGUCAGCCAGCAAGUACAAAUUGUUGAGUCAGCUUUGAAUACAUUUGAUGUUAUAGACAGUAUAUUAUGUAGAAUAACUGAAAUUACAGAGAUGCAAAGGAAAACUACAAAAUAGAUCAAAUUAUCAUAUGUGACUUUUGUGAUUGAAGAAGAAGAGACCAAUCUUAUAUUGACUUUCAUCAUGUACAAAUGAUGUGCAAAAUGUACUAUCUUUCAAUAAAUAAUAAAUUAUCAAACCA